AUGAGCAAAUUUCGACCCUGUAUCGACCUCCACUCUGGGCAAGUCAAGCAGAUUGUUGGCGGCACUUUAAGCAACGUUGAGUCGGAUCUGAAGACAAAUUACGUUUCCAAACUUCCAGCAAGCCACUUUGCAGGACUCUACAAGCAACAUAACCUCCGGGGUGGUCAUGUCGUGAAACUAGGUCCCGGUAAUGACGACGCAGCAAAGGAAGCGCUGAGGACAUGGCCCGGGGGGCUGCAGAUUGCAGGGGGAAUCACAGAUGAGAAUGCACAAUAUUGGAUAGAGCAAGGUGCUGAGAAGGUAAUCAUCACAUCAUUCCUCUUUCCAGAAGGUCGGUUUUCUCUGGAACGACUACAGUCUGUCCUCACUGCCCUAGGCGGCGACAAGUCAAAACUAGUCCUUGACCUGAGCUGUCGGCGAAAGGGCGACACGUGGUUUGUGGCCAUGAACCGCUGGCAGACUAUCACAGAGAUGGAGAUUAACCAAGGGAGUGCUCUGGAUAUUUUUGGGGGCUCAGGAGUCACCUUCGACGAGUGCGUAAAGUGGAAUAACGAGCACUGA